ACGGAACUAUUUCAGCGCUGCACACGUGCUAAUAACCAGGCAUGGCUUCGGGUCGUUUGUUUAAUCUUCAUGGCGUUUUAUAUCAACUGCGAAACAUCUCCAAGCAGCGAUGUCUACAAAGUUGUUUGCUUCCAGUAAGACAAAAAACCGGUGGCCAUUUACUGGACCUAAACUGUAAUGUGGAAAUUGGUGUGACCUCGGAUGGGAAAACUAUCGUGUGUUACCAUCCUGCUGCCGACAUUCCAUAUGAGCUUACCCAGCCUAUCGAGAGACCAGACCCCGUGAACGACGCUGCUGAGACCCACGAUCAGGUCUUGAAAGCCCACCUCAGCAAGGACGUGCUGAAGAACAACCUGGGGCCGACGGAGGAGGAGCUGGGGAAGAUGUUUUACACCACCAAGCAUCAGUUUUAUCCAAAAGGACAGUAUCACAUGAGGCGCAUCAACAAAAAUCCACCCAAGGAUCGAUAGUGGAAGAACAGACUUUGGAAAAAAAUUGUUGCAAUAAUGUAUAAUAAACUGUUAAAUAA